CAGAUUGUCUGUCAUAGUUUUUUCCUUUUUCUUAAAACCUUCUAAUAUGGCYGUGGCGUUGCGAUUUGGUUCAAAUUUCUUAAAAAAUAACAUAAAUUAUGUGCAAAAUAUAUGCAAAAUCACAGAUAGCUAUGCAGCCCAAAUUCAAGCAAGCCGCAACUUUGGAACUGAGGUAACCGUCAAAGCUGCACCCCUAGCGGUGAAGAAACAGAAAGUUAGUCAAGCCAUGAAGGCAUACCUCGAACGUGCUCGCGAAAACGAUGAAUUUAUGAAAACCCAGAAGUUGGAGUAUCAAAUUGGUAAGAGGCAUUUGGCGAAUAUGAUGGGAGAAGACCCAGAAACGUUUACGCAAGAAGACAUCGAUAAUGCCAUCGAAUAUUUAUUCCCCUCUGGAUUGUUUGAUAAGCGAGCACGCCCUUUAAUGAAAAGCCCUGAAGAAGUAUUUCCAGCGCGUAAAGCAGCAGAGUUUGACGAAACAGGACGUCCCUUUCAUAGUAUGUUCUACACUGGACGACCAAAUUUCUUUAAAUUAUUAUACGAUAUUGUUGAAGAGAUGAAUAAUUUAUAUGAUCUUGAGGAACGCAUGUUGCGUCGCGGUACACGCGCAGACCCAAAUCAAAAAGUUGAUUUCACUGGAUUCCAAUGGUUAACUAAGGAUCAACUCGAAGCAAUUCUGGUAGAAAAGAUAAACGAUUUGGAAUAUACAAAUUUCACCAAUGCAAUGGAUCGCUUAGUGUCGCUUCCAUUUUCAUAUAAAAGUCGAGAUUUUAUCAAUAAAUUUGCCAAGCCAUUGUUGAAUCAAACCAAACAAUUGGAGAUACCAAAACCACAAUUCGAUGCUGAAGGUCGCCAAUUUGUUACGACAUAUGAAUGCUUACGUAAGACAGCACGCGGCGAUGUUACUGUUCGCCUACCAGGUACUGGAAAAAUUACAAUUAAUGGUCAAGACAUCACCUAUUUCGAAGAACUACAGUCCCGUGAACAGGUUCUUUUCCCGCUUAUUUUUGCYGAGAUGCUUGGAAAAGUUGACGUCGAGGCCAACGUGAAAGGCGGUGGGCCCUCUGGUCAGGCGGGUGCCAUUCGUUGGGGCAUAGCAAUGAGUUUGCGCAGCUUCGUGGAUCAAGAAAUGGUGGAGUCGAUGCGGCUGGCCGGUCUUUUGCAGCGUGACUAUCGCCGUCGUGAACGUAAGAAGUAUGGACAGGAAGGUGCGCGUCGUAAAUACACAUGGAAGAAGCGUUAAAAAYUUGUCUCCAGCCCAAAACAUUUUAAGUGUAUUUAUAUAUUAAAUAAAAUCUAUAUUUGAAAGCACAUUUGUAAGCAUCAUUAGUAMAAUAAAAAUUAAUUUGCUUACACACACAAAA